CAUUUUCCCGGGAAAACACUUUUCCGGAAAAAAGAGUACAUUUUUGCGGGGGAAACUGUUUUCCUUCGGUCAGGUAAUGUGAUUCCACUGGGCAGUGAGCUCUGAGAGGUGAGAACGAUUUCGCCGCACGCUCGACCCUCAGCUAUGGCGGAAGCUCAGCAACUGUGCGAGGCAGCUAAGAACGACGACGUUGAAAGAGUCAAAACCCUAAUCGACGCCGGAACUGACGUCUUCUGCUUCGACGCGGACGGCCUCACUGCGCUGAUGCACGCCGCCAAGCUGGGCCACGCCGCCGUAGUCAAGGCGCUCCUGGAAGCCGGCGCGCCCUGGAACGCUCUCUCGCCUUCGAACCUCUCCGCUGGCGACUUUGCCAUGGAGGCCGGCCACCAAGAAGCCUAUGAGAUCCUCCUCAAUGCCGGGAUUCAAGCUGAGUUGAUACUUGGGACGAUUGCGAGGAGAACGAAGGAAACUGGUGAUGGCCUGGGAGAUUACUUGGAUGAUCGGGUCAGUUUUAGUGAGGAUAAGCUCAUGGAUUCGAAUAGCAAAGCUGUAAUGAUGGCCUGGGAGAAGCCAUUGAUGGAGGCUCAUGCAAAGGCCAUUUGCUCGGGUGGAGGCCACAUACUGAAUAUAGGUUUUGGCAUGGGCCUUGUGGAUACAGCUAUUCAGCGAUAUUCCCCUGCUUCGCACACGAUCAUUGAGGCGCACCCCGAGGUUUAUGAUCGAAUGAUCCGUACUGGUUGGGGUGAGAAGAAUAAUGUGAAGAUUGUAUUUGGUCGUUGGCAAGACGUACUUUCACAACUUGAAUCUUAUGAUGGGAUAUUCUUCGACACAUAUGGAGAAUAUUACGACGAUCUCAGGGAGUUCCACCAGCACCUUCCUAAGCUGUUAAAGCCUGGAGGAAUCUAUUCGUUCUUCAAUGGGCUUUGUGGAGGUAAUGCAUUUUUCCAUGUUGUGUAUUGCCAUUUAGUCUCUCUAGAACUGGAGAACCUGGGUUACUCCACUCAGUUGAUACCCCUGCCAGUUAAGGACUGUUUGGGUGACGAAGUUUGGGAAGGUGUGAAACACAAGUACUGGCAGCUCGAUACGUAUUAUCUGCCCGUUUGUCAGCCUCUACAAGACGAUGAAUGAUGUUUAGAAUUUGCAGAUGGUUAAGAUUUUUGUACCGAAAAAGUUGCUUGAAGAGCCCUCUAAAUAGCAUUUCAUCUAUCAGAAUUCUGGAAAUUUGUUUGUCAGUUGUUUCACUCACCCAUCACAGGUUGAAUGGUAAAAAUGACUUCAAAUUUAACUGCA